CUAAAGGCGUCGCCGAGGAAGUGGCGACAAAGAGGAAAAGCUGAGAGAGACGCCAGGACAGAGGAGAAGGAGGAGAGGCUUCUUCUGAGUCUGGUGAUAAACAUGGCGGAAUAUGGGAUCUCUAUGGGGCAGCAAGUGGCAGUGGUUUGGGACAGCCAUUCGCCCCCUGAAGCCCUGCAGUCCCUUGUGCAGAACAUCCAGGCGGCGGUUGGAGUCGAGGGCCAUGUCUCUGUCGAAAACGUCAACCAGUUGCUGCAGUCAUCCCAUAAGGAGUCCAGUUUUGAUGUGAUUCUCUCAGGCAUGGUGCCUGGCGGCUCAACGGCGCACAGUACGGAAGUGCUGGCCGAAAUAGCGCGGAUCCUCAAGCCAGGAGGACGGGUGCUUCUGAAGGAAGUGGUGACAACAGAUACAAGUAACAGCAACAAACUCAAGGCAAAAGCCAAGCUACCUGCAGCUUUGACCCUCUCUGGAUUAGUAGACGUAAAGGAGCUCCAGAAGGAGACUUUGACGUCAGAGCAAGCCCUGUCCAUCCAGGAACGCCUGGGUUUGCAGGGCGAGGAGCUCCUCUCUGUUCAGAUGGAAGGCAAAAAACCAAAUUUUGAAGUGGGAUCCUCAAGCCAGCUCAGACUUUCUUUUGCCAAAAAGCCCACUGCAGCUGAAAAGCCAGCUGUGGAUCCUUCUGCUGCCAAGCAGUGGACUCUUUCUGCCAGUGAUAUGAACGACGAUGAUGUGGAUCUUCUGGAUUCGGAUGAGCUUCUCGAUCCAGAAGAUUUGAAAAAGCCCGAUCCAGCUUCCCUCAAAGCUCCGUCCUGCAAGGAAGCCGGAAAGAGGAAGGCCUGCAAAAACUGUACCUGUGGCCUCGCUGAAGAGCUGGAGCAGGAAAAGAGGAGCGCGCAGCCCAAGUCCGCUUGUGGGAAUUGUUACCUGGGCGACGCCUUCCGCUGUGCCAGCUGCCCUUACCGAGGGAUGCCGGCCUUCAAACCGGGAGAGAAGAUCCUCCUGAACGAGAACAGCCUCCACGACGCAUGAAAGAGGGACCGUCCCAAGCCUCUUUUGGGUCUGCAGCCUUCUUUUGCUCACUGGGAAAACAUCUAGACAAGGAAAUAGAGACUUCAAUGGGAGGCAAGGCAAAGAAGACACGUGCUA